AUGCUCUCUCCUUAUCCGCGACAGCAGCAUCAUGAUCCCACCAGAAUGGAGCCUCCGGACCUUACCAAUGGCCCAUCCGAGAUUGGUUCCCUGACCGCGCAUUCCAAGGAUGAGAGUCAGUUUGUCGGUAGCUCCAGUGGCGUCUACUUCAUCAAUACCGUCCGACGGGCUUUCUCCGAAAGUUUAGAUCCGAGUGGUUCAUCGCCUGCACAAGACUUCCCCCAGCCGGAGGAUACCCUGGUAGGCAGUGAUGUCUCGCAGAAAACGACCCCGGCUGCACUGCAGGAUGAUCAGUUUCCGAGCCAAUGGGCAUAUGAUCCCGCAGUGGCCGCAGUCUUGGGGAAUGCUCCCCCGCUUGAUACAGCUCGGGAACUCAUGAUGAUGUACUUCAAAGUUUGGCAUCCUCUGUUCCCAUUCCUGCAUGGCCCUACUUUCUUGCAGGCCAUGGAGGGCCUAUAUUCAGAAGAUCGCCAGGAGCCAACUGGUAAUGCUCCAAUGGCGGAUCACCGGCAUGUAUGCUGGACAACAAUCUUUCAGUGUAUUUUCAAUCUAGCCAAUGCUGUUCAUCCGGAUAUCCAGCUUCCACCGGGGUCUCGGAUUGAAUCGCCCAGUAACAUGCAUUCCCUCCUCGGGACGCUAACUAGUAAGCACGAUAUGUUGUCCUUGCAGGCACUUCUUGCUUGCCAACUAUAUCUGCUUGCAAAAAUGUCCCUCCGGACAGCCUCCACCGUAGGUGGCUGCAUGCUCCGUUCCAUGCUGCACGCAGGUCUCCAUCGCUGUCCAUACCGAUACAAGGAGCUCACAACCCACGACAGACAGCUGCGCAAGAGGAUCUUCUGGUGCGCAUACGCCAUUGACCGAUACCUAAGCCAGGCACUUGGGCUGCCACUAGGCGUACAAGACUCGGAUAUCGAUGUCUGUUCGCCCAAUGCUCCUGAAAUCCAUAUACCAGGGAUGUACAAUAGAUCGCAUUUCGCCCGAUCUACUUCGUAUCCUGAGCAAAGGGAACACCGCCCCCAGCUCAUAAGCAACCAACACCACGAAAACACCUCACCACGUACCUUCUCAGCCCACAGCAGCUCCUCAGCCGAAGAAGCCCAGCAAAACCGCCGCGAACUUGCCUUUGCAAGCUACGUCGAAUCCGGCACCCUGACAGGACGAGCCCUCGAGCUCUUCCACAAAUCCAUUACCGUGCGCUCUGUCCCACGCAGCUCCGUACUGUUCCUCAUCACAGACGUCCACAAAUGGUGGAACAAUCUCUCCAUCGAAACACUUCAAGGCCAACAACACCAACAAUCGACCACCGACCGAACCUCAUCAUCAUCUCCCGCAGCAACAACCACCACGGCAUUCAACUUCGCCCCCUUCUUCACCGUCCUCUACCAACACCUCAUCCUCCUCAUCAACCGUCCCUCCCUCUCCCUCAGCCCAUCCACCCCCGAAUUCUGCUCCGGGCUCCAAACCUGCAUCAACGCCGCAAGGGAGAUCAUCUCCGCUCUAACGACGCAGCAAGAAAGCGGCCAAUCAUUCUUCUGGCCCGGUUUCCUCUCUGCUGCCUGGAUGUCAGGUCUCGUUCUUGCAUUUGCAUGCCAACUCCGCCAAUACGUCUUAUCCAAGGGAGCUCAAGAAAUCACCAAAUGUCUCACAAUCCUGCACACCAUGUCCACGCAAUGGGAAGCAGCCAAACACUGCCACAGGGCACUUUCCCUCCUAUCUCGGACUAUCCAGGAAUCAGGCACCACCACCGCCGCCGCCGCCGCAGGUGAAGGAUCACCCAACAAACGACGAAAAGUAGCAGUAGAUCCUCACCACACCGCCUUCUUCACUCCCAUUAACUCGCUAUCUUCGACGAAUAUGGAUGAUGAAUAUGCACGAGGACGGGCAGGGAGGAGGACUCCUACUGCUGCUGCUGCUGCUGCGACAACAUCUGGUCUGCAUGAAACUGCUAAUACUAGUGGCGGCCAUAUACACCUGUCUCAUGAGGAUAGAUUAUUCGCUGCGGAGGGGGUGAGUACUAACACUAAUGAUAAUAAUAAUGGAGAUGCGGUGGGAGAGUUUGAUUUUGGGAUUGUGGAUCUGCUCGAGGGGAGUAAUUUUGAUGAUUUGGCGGAUAUGUUUGGGCAGCAGUAUCCUUCUUUUUGA